AUGGAAAUAAUUGCUGAGAGGAAUAGUUCCACAAAAGUGUUUCAAACUGCUAUGGUGAAUAUGAUGAAUUCUAUGAAUGUUGCAACACCAAAAUAUAGUGUGGCAGAUGCUAUGGUUAAGUUGUGUUCCAUGGAUGAUUUUGAUUCCAGUUCUCCUGAAUUUCACUAUGCUUAUUUAGAAAGCAGGUAUGGAUUAAAACCAUCGUUAAGAAUGUCAAUUAUAGAAAAAGUGGGCAUAUUUGUGUAUGUCCUUGCUCACGAUGUCCCAAAUAGAUUAAUUCUAGAACGUUUUCAACACUCUGGUGAAACAGGGAGUCGAGUAUUCAAAGAAGUUUUAUAUGUUAUGGAUGGAAUGUCAAGGGAUAUACUUGUACCUAGAGAUCCUAGUUUUAAGGAGGUACCACGAUAUUUAGCAAAUGAUGCUAGAUACAUGCCAUAUUUCAAGGAUUGUAUUGGAGCUAUAGAUGGUACACAUAUAUCAAUAAUUGUCCCCGAAGAAGACCAACUGCGUUACAAAGGAAAGAAAGGUAUACCAACUAUGAACAUUUUAGCUGUAUGUGACUUUGAUUUGUUGUUUAUAUACGUGUUGACGGGAUGGGAAGGCUUGGCUCAUGAUUCGCAAAUAUUUCUUGAUACAAUUGGUAAAUAUUAUAUUGUUGACAAAGGCUAUUCGGAAAAAAAGGGGUAUUUGACUCCUUACCCUAAGACGAGGUACCAUCAAUUUGAAUUUCGAGGUGCAAGUCCAAGGGGUACCAAAGAAGUUUUUAAUCGUGCUAAUUCGUCAAUACGAAGUUGCAUUGAACUGUCAUUUGGUGUUCUUAAAGCCCGAUGGAAGAUCCUAGAUAAAAAUGCCUAG